GUGGGUGUGUGCGCAAGCGCACAAGGACCCACCCUGUGCCGCUGCCGUUGGAUACCCUAGCCGCCCGAGGGGCCUGGGAGCCGGCUGGGUGCUGGGCUCCGGGCUACCUCUGUGAUGGCCGCUCAGCAGGCUCUGGGGACCUGGCGCUGAGGGCACCGCCGGCCUGAAUCGGGCCUGGGCGCUGACGUGAGGACGCAGACAGGGUGCUGGACAGGCACGGCUGCGCCAGGGUGACCGGCCUGUAUGAGAGACACCCCCCCCCUCCCUCCUUUGGUCUGGCCCUGGCUCUGAGAGGGCGAAACGCGAUCCUUAGGACGUUGCACAAAUAAAAUGCCGGAGGUUUGCUAAUAAAGGUAUCACCAAAAGUUAGAUUCAAAAUCAUCUAGAGGAAAUGCUGGUAGUAUGUGUGGGAAUGCAAAAAUCUCCUCAGCAGAUUGGCUUGUUUUAGGGGCUGUCCAGAUUAUGAUUGGCAUCUUUCAUGUUUUGAUGUGGUAUUUCCUAUUGGUUUUGUAUAUGGGACAAAUUAAAGGAGUUUUUGGGACGUAUGAACCUUUAACUUACAAAGCAGGAUGUGCUUUUUGGGGAAUCUUUUUUGUCAUUUCAGGAGUCACCAUAUUAAGAACAACAAAGCGUCCAAGUCGAUAUUCAGCUAUAUGUGCUUUGACCACGAAUAUCUUCUGCACAAUUAUUACACUUAUCGCACUAACUCUAACAAUAAUUGAGCUGUCUACUUUUCAUACUGUUUCAUACAGAAAUUAUGGACAAGCAAAACUUGGAAGGGAAGUUUCACGUAUUUUUCUGUUCUCCUAUCCCUUGGAAUUUUGUAUUGCACUUGUAUACUCAAUCAUCAACUGUAGACAUAUGGGUGAAAGACAAGAAGAAAAUCUUACAUCUAUUUCAGAGGAAGUAGAAACCGCUUUAUAAAAACCAUAGAAAUGUGAGAUUUUUUUACUGAUGCGUAUACCUGACAUGGACCCUAAUAAUAUCUCUGUAUGACAAAGCUGCUACAAAGCCCACAGAUUUUGUGAAAAAGUAAAUACAAAACAGGAUGGAUUUUCUCCUCAGUGUUUAAGAAAUUUCUCCACACCUAUUUUUUCUAGGCUCCGAGGGAAAUAUUUCUCUUAUUUAAAUAAGAGAUAAUUACAAAUAAUUUGUUAUCUAGGUACUCUGAAUAGCUGUAAGCUCUCCAUAAUGGAGCUUUCAUAAGAGACCAUAAAGACUUGUUAUUAUCUCUAGAGUACAGGGUAUUUAAACUUGAAGCAUGUUGUAUAAUUCACAGGAAAACUUUAAACAAUUUGUGUCCCUCUAAGUAAAAAGCACAUUUCACAAUCUGAGUUCUUCUAACUGAACUAGUUUCUAAUUUAAUAAAGUGUGAAUCAAAACGC